UCUCGCCCCAACGGCCCCGCCCCCUCUGUACGUGCAUGACGUCACGGGCGGAGAGGCCGCCGCAGGACCGGUCGCUAUGGCCGCACGUUGCGGGGCUCCGGGGACGCGGGCGGCGCUGCUGCUGCUUCUGGCCGGGGUCGGGGCGCUGCUGGCGGCGGAUAAGUCGCUGUACGGGCCGCAGGACGCGGGGAUCUCUGUGCUGGAGCGGAGCUCGGUGAGCCGCGUCCUGUACAACUCAUCCUCCGCCUGGCUGCUGGAGUUCUACUCCUCCUGGUGCGGACACUGCAUCCACUACGCCCCCACCUGGCGGCUGCUGGCCUCCGACCUGCAGGACUGGGAUCCGGUAAUAAAGAUCGGAGUAUUAAAUUGCGCGGACGAGGAAAACACCCAGAUCUGCAAAGAUUAUGGCGUCCAGUUCUAUCCGACCUUCCGGUUCUUCAGUGCGUUUACCAAGGAGUUUGCGCAAGGUGAAAACUACAAAGCAGACACAGACCGGGAAGUACCGACAGUCCGACAUGUCAUUAUAGAUUACCUCCAGGCCUCCCCCGUAGAGCACAGGCCCCCGGCUCUUCCGUCGCUCCAGCCAAUCAGCCUCAGUGACGUCGCUGCGCUCCUCCACCAGACGCAGAACCAUUACACGGCCAUCAUAUUUGAGAGUGAGGAGUCGUACGUUGGGCGAGAGGUGAUGUUGGACCUGAUUCUGUACGAUAACAUUGUGGUGCGGAGAGCGCUGAAUUCCGAUAAGGCCGGGAUGGAGAAACUGGGGAUUGUGUCCGUUCCGUCCUGUUACCUGAUCUACCCCAACGCUACACAUGGACUGACUAACAUUGUGAAACCUCUGCGCUCCGUGAUCUCCUCCCACCUGAAGUCCCUCCCCAACAUAAGGAGAAAAGCCGGGACUCGCCCUGCGCCACAACCGGGACUCGCUAAGACAGACCAAGAGAAGGAGGUGCCCUGGAAGGACCAUGAUAAGUCCCGAUUGUACAUGGCGGACCUGGAGUCUGGCCUCCACUACCUCCUGCGCGUGGAGCUGGCCACACACCCCUUCCUGGAGGGAGAGAAGCUGAAAGCCUUCAAGGAUUUUGUUACCAUCCUGUACAAGCUGUUCCCAGGGCGCCCCCAUGUGGUCAAGCUGCUAGAAACGCUGCAGGAGUGGCUGGUAAGCAUGCCUCUGGACAAGAUCCCUUAUGACGCCAUCUUGGAUCUGGUCAACAACAAAAUGCGAAUUUCCGGAAUCUUCCUCACAAACCGCACUGAGUGGGUCGGGUGCCAGGGGAGCUGGUCGCAGCUUCGGGGGUACCCCUGCUCCCUAUGGAAGCUGUUUCACACUCUGACCGUCCAGGCCGCCAGUCAGCCGGGUGCCCUGGCUAACACCGAGUUUGAAGGUGACCCGCAGGCGGUCCUGAAGACCAUGAGACGCUACAUCAAGGAGUUCUUUGGCUGCCGGGAGUGCGCGCAGCACUUUGAAGCGAUGGCCGAAGCGUCCGUGGAGACUGUGAAAACGAUGGACGAGGCUGUGCUGUGGCUGUGGCGGACGCACAACGUGGUGAAUAACAGACUGGCCGGUGCUGAGAGCGAAGAUCCUAAAAGCCCCAAAGUGCAGUGGCCCACCCCCGCGCUGUGCUCCGCCUGCCACGAGGAGACCCAUGGUCUGCACAACUGGAAUGAGCAGGAAGUUCUGGCCUUCCUGAAACGGCUCUACGGGAGCAAGGAGAUCUCCUUCCAGUACUCUGGUCCUAGCAGCAACAGCCCGCAGCACGCCGCGGAGGACAGGCCCCACCAGGCCCUCACCAAGAGCCCUAAAGCUGAGCAGCCCCACCAUGGUCCCAUCCGUAAACCAGAAUUCCUGGACAAAUUAAUCCAAAAGCAGCCGGAAAGAGGCCGUGAGGAGCGGAACCAGUCUGCCGGCUUUCUGGGCCUCGGGUUCUCCAACAUAGACAUGAGCCUGUGUGUGGUCCUGUACAUCACCUCCUCCCUGUUCCUCAUUAUAAUGUACUUCUUCUUCAAAGCUCGCUCCAGGCGCUGGAAAAUCCGCUAUAACCGGCCCUACGUGUAAAUCCUAGAACCGUUCCCGCGCCCUUCAGCCGUUCUCCGGAGUGUAAAUAGGUCUGUGGAUCAGGGAUAUAUACCGGAGGCUCCUCUAGGAACUUGUGGCUGGUGACUUGGGUCCUUCCUAGCCUCAGCCAUUGUGCUUGCCGAGACCAUUCAUGCCAGGGAUGGAGUAACUGUCCAGCGGCUGGAUAAAGCCAUGUAGCGGUGACGUAAUGUACUCCGGUGACAUCAGCGGUGAGGAAGCCCCAAAUGACGCAGUUCUGCGGUGGCAGCGCUCAGCUGGACGUCUCUCCUGCCUCUGCCUAUUGUGCAAGAACCGCCAAAGUGUUUUAUUUCUUCCAUAGCCGUCACAUCCAAUAUAACACACGUGUCCUCCCGGCUGUGGUACAAAGCGUUGUGUAGCGUGGCGCACGCAUUUGUGGCCUGCACCUUCUCCGUCAGGGAGCGUGUUCCCAUAGUGGCUGUGCUACGCUCACUACUUAGUUAUAUUUCAGCAUUUCUCUAUCGUCCUAGUGGAUGCUGGGGUUCCUGAAAGGACCAUGGGGAAUAGCGGCUCCGCAGG